AUGGUGCCACAUCCUGUUCCAGUCCCUCCGGGUUGCCCCUUCACCUUGGCGCACAUACCCUUUGGCAUUUUCAGCACAGUGGACAAUGCCGAGAGACGGGUUGGCGCAGCCAUAGGAGACCAUGUGGUGGAUAUUUCUGUUCUCGAGCAGUCAUCCUUCCUGGACGAUAUAGGCCUGCACCACCUUAUAACGGACUUGCGCAACAGCCCCAUCGGCCGCCACGACGACCUUGGUGGGAUUGCCGCGUUGCCAGCACAGGCAAGGUCCCAAUUGCGACAUGGUCUACAGUCCUGGCUCGGCAAUAGUGCAUCACCACUAUUCGCCGAUGCCUCCCUGAACGAGCGUGCAUUUGUGUCUCGAGCGGCUGCCACGAUGCAUCGUCCCUUCAACAUUUCAAAUUUUACCGAUUUCAUGUGCGCCGAUGUGCAUGUCGACAAUUGCAGCAGGCUUGCCGGAGCAGCGACACCACCGAGUCACUAUGCCAUGCCCUUGGGUUACAACGGCAGAGCCUCGUCAGUCGUGAUAGACGGCGAGCCGGUCCACCGCCCACACGGGAUGGUGCGAGAUCCGCAAACCUCCUCGAUAUCGUUCCAGCAGAGCCAGAGGGUGGACUUUGAGUCCGAGAUUGGCCUCUUCGUCUCGCAGCCGCUCCCCCGUGGCAGAACCAUCAGCGCCGACGAGGCCAGCGACUAUAUAUUUGGCAUCGUCUUGCUCAACGACUGGUCUGCCAGAGACGUCCAGUUCGCCGAGAUGACACCCCUCGGUCCCUUCAACGGCAAGGCAUUUGCCACAAGCAUCUCGCCGUGGGUGACUACCCUCGACACCCUCCAAGGGUCUAAGUGUGCGUCUCCUGCAGUCGACCUUCGCAAGGGAGGGUCGACAGGCGCGGCGCACUUGAGGCACAGCGACGAAAAGUCCACGUGGGAUCUGGAGUUUGAGGUAUCGGUCUCCAGUAAGUGCAAAUCGGUCUCGGGGAAAACCCACAAGGCAAGGGCAUGCCAGGCAUUGAUCCAUGCUGUGGCCUUAGUGGAGAAGAUUUAGGCGUGCUAGCAAGAUGCAAACCUCUACACGGAGAUACCUGCUCAGGUCGAUACGAUUUCGCCAUGCUGGAAAUGGACCCGAACUGUGACAGCUCAUGAGCAGGACGACGUACGCUGUUGAAGUCUGCCUCCGAAUCACGCUCCACAAUCUUGUCAGCAAUUUUGCAGAGCUUUAUGUACUCAAAGUCCAUAGGUUCAUACGGU